GCCUGCCCUGCGACUGCAACACAACGUCAAAGAAACCACCAAGGCUGUGUGUUUGUUGUACCCACCCCGACAACAACCACCUAAUUCCACUUCCACUUCCGUCUUCCACUUCUCCCUUCUCUCCUUUACAACGAGCAGCUCAACCACAACAUACUUUCUCUUUUCUGUAUCGCAACCAUCACCUCUACCCGCGACUCAGCCCAUUGACCGUCAUAACUGUCAACUACCUUUCAGAAGUACUCUUAGCUGUCAACCAGGUGCAAACGGCGCCGCCGACCAGCAAUUCACAAUGUCGGACUACAAUAGCAUGAAGGUCCCCGAGCUCAAGAAGCUUCUCAACGAGCGCUCUUUGCCCCAGACCGGUAACAAGGCCGACUUGAUCGCUCGUCUUCAGGAGCACGACAACAAGCAGGCGAAGCCCGCCGAUGCCCCAGCUGCCACCACCAAGAAGGACGGCGAGGCCGAGGAUGAAAUUGACUACGAGGAUGAUGACUUCCCCGCUGGCGACAAGAAGGCUACCACCGAGACCACAGAAGAAAAGGCCCCUGCCGCCGGCGCCGCCGCCGAGACCGCUACAGAGUCAGAGCCCAAGGCCCCAGUAGAAUCCGAGGAGAAGAAGACAACAGAAGCCGCCCCCGUUGCCGGUGCUAGCACAGAACAACCCGCCGCUUCUUCCACCGAGGGAGAGGAGGCCGCCGCCAAGGACACUACCGCCACCGCUACUACUGCCGAAGAGCCCAGCAAAGCAGAGGAGCAGAAGCCCGCCGAGCCUCUCUUCUCCCAACACCUCCCCCCCACAGACGCCAAGUCCGAGGCCGAGAAGCGCGCCGCCCGCGCCGCCCGCUUCGGCAUCACAACAGACGAGAAGUCCGAGGAGGCCCAGAAGGCUGCGCGCGCCGCCCGCUUCGGCCUGGCUAACGACCAGGUGUCAGCUCUCGACAGCGCGUUGCCCGAUAGGCCGCGCAAGCGUGGUCGCGGCGGUAAGGAGGAGGGUGUUGCUGGUGAGGAAGGUGGCAGUGAGAGAGCAGCUAAGCAGCAGAAGACUACUGCUGCUGCUCCUCAAGAGAACAAAGGCGGCAACCAGAGGCAAGGUGGUGGUGCUGGUGCUGGUGCUGGUGGUGGAAGGAACAGGCAUGGGAGGAAUAGGAACAACAACAACCGUGGUGGCCAAAGUCAAAACAACAACAGGCAACAAGGGAAUCAGCCCAAGCAACAGCAGCAACAACAGAAAAAGCCUGCUGCUGCUCUUGACCCAGCGGAAAAGGCCAAGUUGGAGGCUAGAGCGAAGCGCUUUGCUGCUGCGUCCUCUUAGGGCUUUGGUGACCAUCAGCUAGGGGGAUAAUAAUAGCUUCGGAUAGCGUGAUAGCGUGGUCAACCUGUAACUCAAUAUUUUUCUCGCUCUCUUCUAUCUUAGCUCUUCUUUCUAACGAGUAGUAAAAGUUUGGAUGCAGGGGUGGUUUGAUCCCUUAUGAUCUAUGUACAGCGAAGAGAGGGACUUUGGAAGAGAUGAACUAAGAGAAGUCAUGACAAGAGUCCGGCUCAGCUUAGUUUAACUUUCCAAAACUUGCUUGCUUGCUUGCUUGCUUCCCAUCAGAGUGUACGUUUGGCGUUUCGGGUGGCGGACAGGAAGAGGAAGAGGAUAUGGCUGGUUAAGAUAGGUUAAGGGAAGGUCUUUGUAUCUAGUGAUUUGCGUUCGCUAUAUCUACCUACAUUUAUAUUAGCUGAACUGUUCGUUCAAUAUGAUAACAUGUCAUGUUCAUACGCGGUUUCUCAUGCCUUAGUGAUGUCCUAGCGCAUUCUUC